UUCCAAGGAAUAAGUCGAAUGUAAAGAGACAGAUUUAGAUACAGUGUUUCAUUACGAUCUCCAUUCAACCCUCUGGCUCAGUAUAAUAGAUGAGUUGGUUCAAUCCAAUUCUUCAUUAAAGCACUUUAUUGUCAAUGUGAUGGUAUGCAGAUUCGAGAUGAAAUGAUGAUAAGGUAGAAACAUGAAAAACUUCAAAUAACUUCACAAUUGUGAGAGUAUUAUUUAUCAACAUUUCUAAUUUACCUAGCAUGUGCUGAUUAGUCUUCGACCAAGUUUGGCUCUUAGAUUUCGACCAUUUUACCAACCUUCUUUAAUUUUAAUAGCCAUCGAAGAGUCCAAGUCUCAGAUGCAAGAUUAUGAGCCACUUCAAGAUAAUGACGAUCUGUCUGACUGCAUGGAGGCCAGACCCAGCAGGCUCAGACCUAGCUGAGUGUCUCAAGGGUUAUCUCAACAAGACCACUUCAACAAACCCUCUGAGGAUGAAGAAGACCAGAUCCCAGACUGGAAUGCCUACCAGAGCAUCAACACUCCUAGCGUAUCGAUCAGCGAAGCGAACGAGUCAGCUCCGAGCAGAAAGUAUUUCGGAUACAGGGACGAGUUUCAUAAAUCUGGCUCUGAAGAGUAAUUAUGUAUCUAAUAGCAUCUCUAACUUAUGCUGAGGACAUAUUUUGCACUAAUACUCAUCUUAAUAUGAAUUGGAUCACAUCCUAUGAGCCACUGAU